AUGCUUUUACUAUUAUCUACGUUGGUAAAAAUCAGUCGGAGUACUGGGCUCAUCUGCAGAGAAUUGAAUUGUUGGACCGCAGGGAUAACGAAGAAGCACCGAAAAAUCUACGAAAGAACUUAUCCGACGGUACUAGUUUUACCAGAUGGCAGUAGUGUGAAUGUGGAUUAUCACGAGCCAAAAAAGAUUGUCGCACUGCCUUUGGAUCUCAGUCUUUUAACAGAAGCGGAGAAGAAGGCAAGACUGGAAGCACGUAAACCAAAAACCAGAGUUAAGCUGGUCGAGGACAUAGAAGAUGACUAUGACGAGAAUCGUUAUCUCAAGUUUGUCAAGCGAUGA